AUUUCCAUCACCACCUUGACCUUUUUUCCAACGCAUGUAAACAUUCAGAAAAAAAACGUGUUAACAUAUUUUGCAUUUGUAUGAAAACAAAUUUAUAUAAAAAAAAAAUAUACUAGUACCUAAACUGUCAUAUUCUAAUUACUCACCACCAAAAUCCUGACAAUUAAUAAAUAAAUUUAAAAUUUAAAAAAUUAUGGACAAACAAAAGCACAGAGACAGCCGCCGCAAAAAAGAUAAAUUAAAUUACAAGAACAAAAAAAAGGACCGAGAUUCAAAAGCGUCAGAGCUGUCUCCAGCAAAGCCGUACUUGCUAAAGAAUUUCGAGAGAACCGGAGUCUCAUCCGACGAGGACGACUUCGACGAUGACUUUUACUCGUUUGAUUACGUCACGAAAAGCACACUGACCCAGCCGAGCUCUAGUUUUGCAGAAGUCGUCGACCAGGACGACUCCGAUAUCAAAUCCACCAACGACUUUAAUUAUUUAGCCAACACCGCGUUGACCAGCGGGUACUUUCAGUUCAAAUCUGAGAGGAACUGGUCCGUCGACACUUCCAAGUUCAGCGACUUGCUGGCUUUUGACGUCAAAAAUUUGUCCAUUAUUUUUAAUUGUAUUCCUUUCAAUCAAACCAUCGAAGUCGAUGAUAAAUAUUUUACCAAAGAUCAAUUGACUUCAUUUAAUACAACCGCCGAGCAAGCGAGAAAAAUUUACGAACAAGAGUUACAAGACAAAGAACGUCAGGAAAAAUUAUCUGAUGAAAGCCGACGGUAUUCUAAAGAAUCAUCACCGAAAAUAGACUCCAUUGAUAACGAAACCGUCGAAGAAGAUCUUGACUUCCUAUUGUCACUCAAGGAACCGGUGAAAACUCCGUCUGUCGCUUCCUUGUUGGCUCCCAAGCAGACUAAUGAGCCAAAACCCAACUGCGCGCCCAGCACCAAGUCGAUAGAUCUCGAAAAGUGGCUGGACUCAGUACUGGAUAUUUAGAAUUUAAUUAUUUUUUACAAACGAUUUUAUUUAGUAUUUAUUUUUAUGUACAGAGAUCACUCGAGGUAAAAAUAUGUUUAAUAAAUUUUAAUAAUUAUUAUUAACACUUUAA